AUGGUGGUGCGUACACAGUCCUCAGCAGCCGGCGUGCUCGCUUUGCUCUCAGAACCAGAACCAGCAUUCAAACAACAUGCCCUCAAAGCCUUAAACUCCAUCGUUCCUCAGUUCUGGGCAGAGAUCUCGGAGCACAUAGCACUUAUAGAGAGCUUACAUGAGAGUGACGAGAUAUCAGCAGAUGCUCGUGAUUCCGCUGCAUUGUUGGCGAGCAAGGUUUACUAUUUCCUGGGGGAAUACGAUGAAGCUUUGUCGUUUGCCCUCGGUGCCGGGAGUGCAUUCCAGACAGAGACCCAUGCAUAUGGCUCUGAGGAAUAUGUUGAAACAGUUGUCUCCAAAGCCAUUGACAGGUACAUUCAACUACGCUCUGAUGCAUCAUCGGACAAGCAGUCAAAGAUAGACCCACGACUUCAACAUGUCGUUGAAGGAAUUUUCUCGCGUUGCAUUGCAGACGGAGAAUACAAACAAGCCAUCGGGAUAGCGCUAGAAUCUCGUCGUCUUGACAUAAUAGCUCAAAUAUACAAAUUGACUCGCGAACCCUCACUUCUGUCAUACGCAAUGGAGGCAGUACUCGACACCGGCUUUUCGCUUUCAUAUCGUGACCAAGUUCUCAACUUUUUACUUCCGCUCUUCCCUCAACCGACAAUGCGAACGAGAUCUCCCCAUAUCCAUGCUCUAACUCGUUUACUUGUUACCCUGAGCAACCCUUCUCUCGCCCUCCCUAUCUUGACUUCGCUCGUACCUAAGGAAACCUUACUCGCGUACCAAUUCGCGUUUGAUUUAGUGGAAGGAGGUGCUCAAGAUUUCUUGGAAGCUUUAAGGAAGGAGCUUCCCGAGGGUCAGGGUGAGACAAAGGAAGUUUAUGAUAAACUGCGUAGCAUUUUGGGACGAUCCGAUUCUGUGAAACUAUACCUCGAAUUUUUGAAGCGUAACAACAAAGUCGAUCUUUUGAUACUAAAAAAUACGAAGGAAGCGCUUGAACCUCGUUCAUCAAUAUAUCACACAGCACUCACCUUGCAAAACGCAUUCAUGCAUGCUGGCACAACUUCGGAUAUAUUUUUGCGUGAAAAUCUCGAAUGGUUAGGAAUGGCGUCAAAUUGGUCCAAGUUUUCCGCCACUGCUGCCCUGGGAGUCAUCCACAAAGGCUAUUUCCAAGAAGGUAUGGCUAUUCUGGGGCCUUACCUGCCUCAGGCCGGUGGCGAAAGCCAAAUGCUGGGUGCCUCUUAUUCAGAGGGAGGUGCAUUAUACGCUCUUGGUCUGAUUAAUGCUUCUUGCGGUAGUGGAGGAUCUGUGGAAACGUAUUUGCGAGACACUUUAAAGGCUUCACAGGGUGAGGUUGUCCAGCACGGUGCUGCUCUAGGUCUUGGUGUUGUCAGUAUGGGUGGCAAAAAUGCGGACGCAUACGAUGACCUCAAACAAACGCUUUUUACGGAUUCAGCUGUUGCGGGUGAGGCGGCUGGAUACUCUAUGGGUCUCGUUAUGCUAGGGACAGCAAAUGCGACCUGUGCAGACGAGAUGUUGACAUAUGCGCGCGAAACCCAGCACGAGAAGAUCAUCAGAGGUCUGGCGGUAGGCUUGGCCUUUAUAUACUAUGGUCGGCAAGAGGAGGCGAAUGAAACUAUAAAGUCGCUCCUAGCAGAAAAGGACCCUAUAUUGCGCUAUGGUGGUGUGUAUACCCUGGCUCUGGCUUAUGCGGGCACGUCGAACAACGAUGCCAUUCGUCAGCUCCUACACAUUGCUGUCUCCGAUACAUCUGAUGAUGUGCGGAGGGCGGCAGUAACGUCUCUAGCAUUCCUCCUAUUCAAAAACCCGAGUCAGGUUCCCCGAAUCGUACAAUUGUUGAGUGAGAGUUAUAAUCCUCACGUUCGUUGUGGUGCAACGCUCGCUCUUGGUAUCGCGUGUGCAGGUACAGGACUACAGGAUGCCAUAGAGAUCUUAGAACCUAUGACAAAGGACAGUGUUGACUUCGUCAGACAAGGGGCUUUCAUCGCCCUUGGAAUGGUUCUGGUUCAACAGUCAGAAGCAUCAUCUCCCUCCAUGUCGUCUACACGUGCGCUAUACGCAAAAGUUAUAUCUGAUAAGCAUGAAGAUCCAAUGGCUCGCUUCGGCGCCGCAAUUGGGCAAGGUUUCAUAGAUGCAGGUGGUCGCAAUGUCACUAUCAGUUUGCAGAGUCGUGCAGGAAGCAGAAACACCAGUGCCAUCGUUGGCAUGGUACUUUUCUGCCAGUUCUGGUAUUGGUACCCUUUGGCCCAUUGUGCAUGCUUGGCUUUUGAGCCAACCGGCAUCAUUGGGCUCAACGGAGACCUUAAGGCGCCUGUAUUUGAGUACGUAUCAAAUGCCAGGCCGAGUCUCUUUGCCUAUCCUUCACCAACCAAGCCUCCGAAAAAGGAGACUGUGGCGAAGGUGGCGACUGCAGUUCUUUCUACAACUGCCAGGGUCAAAGCAAGGGAGAAGAGGAAGGCAGCAGCGGAGGUCGAUGCAAUGGAAACCGACGAGAAGCCCGAAUCGAAAAAGGAAAGCGAUGUGGACAUGAAGUCUGACGAGGCUCUCUCAGGAAAGCACGGCGAUGUCUCACCUAUCAAUGAAUCUAUGUCAACGUUUGUGGAAGAGAGUAAGGCGUCAACAUCGACAAAACGCAAGGAACCUACAUCAGAGAGGCUACCCAAUUUCUCACGUGUAACUCCUGCCCAAUGGGCUCACAUCGCAUUCCCUCGCGAUGGACGAUAUCAGCCUGUUCGUGCUGUUUCUGCUAACACUGCAUCUUCAGUGAAAGGUGGAAAGGCGGCUGCGGUAUUAACAGGUGGUUUACUCGAGCUAACUUCCGAGAGAUACGCUGGAGGUGGUGGUAUUUUGAUUAUGGUUGAUGAGCGUCCAGAUGAAGAGGCUGAAUUCAUCAGUUUCGAUCCUCCUGCUCCGCCACCUGUGGUAGAGGUGGAAGUCCCUAAUGGGAACGCGAUCGUUGGUGCACCAUCGCAUAAUCCAAUCAACAUUGCCUUGGACGAGAGCUCACCUGAAGUCGACCCUCCAGAUUCAUUCGAGCAUAUUGACACCAUCAGCGAUGAAGAUAGUCUCGUGAAACGACUUCUGCCAUAUACUAUCAUUUGCGCCAUGAGGGAGAGGACAAAGUUCACAGCAUCGCUUCUUGCCAGACUCGGGAACCUCAAGUUCAUUGCGACUACUGGACCCUGGAAUGCCGGAAUUGACGUAGCUUAUGCCGAGCAAAAUGGGAUUGUGGUGUCUGGUACAGGGGCUCAGGGCAACUCAACCUUGGAACACAUCUGGGCAUUGAUUCUGGGUACUGUCAGAUACGUGCCCAUGGAUGAUGCGGAUGUUAAAGCACGUAACUCCCGAUGGCAAACCCGCAUGCCGAUGGGCUUGGCUGGGAGAACUUUAGGUGUGGUUGGUCUUGGACGGUUGGGCUCUCAAACAGCUCAAAUUGCAAAAGCAUUUGGUAUGAGAGUGGUAGCAUGGUCCCCCAACCUUACCUCUGCACGGGCAGAAGCAGCUGGCUGUGAGCUUUCGAGCAAGAAGGAACUAUUCCAGAACAGCGAUGUGGUGUCCAUUCACAUCGUUUCGUCGCCACGCACUCGACACUUGAUAAGCGCCGCAGACUUGUCCAUCAUGAAGCCUAGUGCUUUUUUCAUCAAUACAUCGCGAGGACCCAUCGUGAACGAAGACGAUCUAAUCGAUGUCCUGCAGCGCAAGACUAUCGCCGGGGCAGGGCUAGAUGUUUUUGACAUUGAGCCGCUUCCACUGGAACACCCAUUUCGCAAUUUGGACAAUGUGGUGCUUACGCCUCAUACGGGUUAUGUCAGUGACUCUAACUAUGAGGCAAUUUGGGGACAGACAGUCGAGAACAUUGUGAAGUUUCUUGAUGGCAAGCCGAGUAGAAUCCUGAAAAGCUCGUAA